CCUUCUAAGCUCUAAACCCUGGAUUCUCGUAUUGGCUCUGUAAUAGUUGCAUAUCAAGCUACGACGAGAACGAAGGAAUUUGACAGGGAAGCGACUAGAAUGUGGAACUAAGGGGCAGCAAUUGGGACAUCUGCGAAGCUGCAUCCUGAUUAUGGAUAAAGGAACCUCUUUUCUGUUUUCAGGCAUCACUUUCGACAGGAAGAAGUUCGCAAGCGACUUCGCCAGGUUUAAGGAGAAAAGAGAAAACGACGAACUACAAAAUGAUAAGGUGAGCAUGGUUGAUAGUAAAGGAACUGAAAUGGAGGAGACAAUGAUGCAUAGCAAGAAGAGAAAGAGGAAGGUAGAGGCUUCAGAACCAAUUGAUGGAUUCAGUGUGUUCAAAACUGCAAAAUCUGAAGUUAUAACUGAAGAGAAUGACCAGAUGAAGAAUGAGGCCUCUCGAGGAAAGAAGGAACUUUACAGGCAAAUGGAGCGGGAUGCACUUUUCCGCAAGAAGUAUAACAUCCAUGUUUCUGGGAAUAAUAUCCCAUCUCCUCUUCAGAACUUUGCAGAGUUAAAUUCAAGAAAGACUUUGGUCUUAAACAGGUUUGGAUGCAAGCGAUAUUUAUUACGCAAUUUUGGAGAACUUGGAUUUAAAGAGCCAACACCAAUUCAAAGGCAGGCUAUUCCAGUCCUUCUAUCUGGACGGGAAUGCUUUGCAUGUGCUCCAACUGGGUCUGGAAAAACCUUGGCUUUUGUUUGUCCAAUCCUUAUGAAACUUAAGCAUGCUUCAAAAGAUGGUGUCCGAGCUGUGAUCCUUUGUCCUACACGAGAGUUAGCUGCCCAGACAGCAAGAGAGUGCAAGAAGAUGGCUGCAGGAAAGAAAUUUUAUAUCAAGUUAAUGACUAAGCAGCUUGUUAAGAGUGCUGAUUUUUCAAAACUACCUUGUGAUAUACUCAUAUCAACACCAUUUCGUGUACAGUUCGCUAUCCAAAAAAGAAAGCUUGAUCUAAGCAGGGUUGAAUACCUUGUCCUAGAUGAAUCCGAUAAACUGUUUGAGCUAGGCUUGGUGGAGCAGGUUGAUUCAGUGGUCAAAGCAUGCUCUAAUCCUUCGAUAUUACGAUCACUGUUUAGUGCUACUUUGCCUGAUACAGUUGAAGAGCUUGCACGCACGAUAAUGCAUGAUGCAGUUCGCAUCAUUAUUGGCAGGAAGAAUUCUGCUUCUGAAUCAAUAAAGCAAAAGUUAGUUUUUGUUGGAAGUGAAGAGGGGAAGCUCCUUGGUCUUCGCCAAAGCUUUGCUGAGAGUUUGAAUCCACCAGUACUUAUAUUUGUUCAAAAGAAGGAACGUGCAAAGGAGCUUUACAGGGAGCUAGCUUUUGAUGACAUCAGAGCUGAUGUUAUACAUGCUGAUCUGACCCCAGUACAGCGUGAAAAUGCUGUUGAUAACUUCAGAGCUGGCAAAACAUGGGUUUUGAUUGCCACUGAUGUUAUUGCUCGGGGUAUGGAUUUCAAAGGUGUCAAUUGUGUGAUUAACUAUGAUUUCCCAGAUUCUGCAGCAGCAUACAUUCACAGGAUUGGCCGAUGUGGCAGGGCUGGGAGGCGUGGAGAAGCUAUUACUUUGUAUACAGAGGCUGAUGUUCCAUUCUUGAGAAAUAUAGCAAAUGUGAUGGCCGCUUCGGGCUGUGAGGUUCCAGAUUGGAUCAUGUCCUUACCGAAACAUAAGUGGAAGAAACACAGACCUCAAAGAGAAUCUAUUUCAACCAAACCAGAAGAUGAGAAACAAUAGCUACUUGUUGAAGCCAGCUUUGGGUACAAAGACAAAAUUUUCAUUUGGAUUCGCUUGUUUCCUACUGUUCUCCAUUUUGGGCACCACCUUGUAAGUUUAAGAUGAUAGAUUGCUAGUUUUUACCUCAAACAGGGGUGGGCUGUAUUCAAAUUUUAGCUACAAAUGUACAAUAGAAAUGAGUCAUUUUGUUUCUGGCAACUGUAUUUGGCCUGUCCUGGUACUUCCAGAAGAUGCAUACUGUUGGUAUGGUUUCAUCUGUUCUAGUUGCCUCAUCUUCCUUACGAGGCAUUUUCCAAACCCCAUCCACACGCCUAAUCUUCAUCCUUGUGAGAGUUUGUUUGGAGUAAGUAUCAAAAGGAGACUGUGGAACAGAUCUUUCAUUUUGGGAAAUCCUUCAGUUCUACUCAAAAUGAAGGAGACAAUAAUGCCACAAGGCACUUUGCAAUUUGAUUUUGUAAUAACAGCUUGGUACAUCCUAUUGAAGAUGAAAGCAUGAAGAUUGAAAUGGAUGUUCUUUAUUGCACUCAAACUCUAUUUGAAUAGGUGCACAGGUGUAGAGGACGUGCAACACGAGCAUGAUUGUAAACAACAUUGCAAAAUAACAUUUUCCUGUCUGCCUACCUCGAGAAUGCUUGCCUGAAGCGAACACUUCGGGUUCACGUCUUGUCCCAUCCCCAGAUGUCGAACUUAAAACUUGAUGGCAUUUCAUCGAUAU